GAUAUUCCGUGGCUUGAUUUGCCUGUUUGCCGAUGAUAAAUUGGGGAUAUGGAAACAUAUGUGCGAUGAUACGUGGGUAAUGCGGCUACCAUUGUGAGCAUCGUGCAAAAUAUAAAAAUAAAACGGCAACGAAUCAAGCUUCAAUGAUAUAAGUUAUCUCAUGGUUUAAAAGCAUUGCACCUUGCUUUAUUUGCUGCUGACGUAUUGUUUUUCUUUUUGUGCUCGUCGUCAAUUGCCAAGCAAACAUUUUAAAAGUAAAUAAAGCACAAAUUCAACGUAACUGAAUUCAAAUAAAGUAUCAAGCUGAAAUAACAAUCGAAAUCUUAAAUCCCAAACUAUACACAUCGGAUCGCGCGCUGAAUUUUUUUUUAUUUCAACGAGCAUCAAUACACCCGCAGCAACUUCGUUUCACUUGGUCGAUUCGACAAUAUUUAUUUUUUUUUUUGCAUUCAUUCAGUUUGGCCGCAUUUGCUACUGCAAAAAAGACCCUUUGUUUUUAGUUCAGCUAUCAAAUUAAAUAUUGGCCCCGGUUCAACAGAGCAAACUCCGCAGAAUAAAAAAAAGACGGGUAGCCAAAAUACGUUCCAACAAAACAAACAGAGCACACAAAUUUUGGUGCGUGGCAAAAAAGACAAGUAAAUCCCACAUUUGCAUUGAUAUAGACAAAAGAUACAUACCGAUCCAACUCAAGAGUGAAUAUACACCGUAUGUGUGUGUGUGUGUUCAAAUGAGCGGUCUAAGCCAGAAUCGGCGAUAAAAAUUAAUUGGCCGUGAACGAUGCAAAUUAUGUUAACACACCACCACCACAGUCGUUGUUAUUAUUAUUAUAGCCAUUAUUGUUUGAAUAGAGCGAUUUCCGAACGUCGAACGUCAUAGAAAUGUGCAAGCCUACACAGUUUGUUAUUAUGUCUUUAGUGUUGUUUAUGACAGUGCUGCUCAUUGGCGCUGUGUCCAAUGAGUCAGUGAAUAAGGAUAAAUCAGUAUUGCCAUCGAUUCCACCACCAUUACCAUCAUCAAGCGUUCCAGUUGCAUCGGUGGCGGCAGCGCCGGCAAUACCAUUGUCACCAGCGCACGGAAUCAUUGCCGAUCACAUGGAUUUGCCAACGAAAUUUGGCGACGAAGACGAUGUGAUUGAGGGAAAAGCAGCAGCCGAAAAGAAAGCAUCCGUAAAUGCUGGCAUUGGUUCGUCUGCCAGCCGAAAUGAUGACGAUGACGAACAUUACGAUGAAGAUGAUGAUUUCUUAAGUCGUCACAUUUCUGAUAAAAGUAGAAGUGGCGGAUCACAUCAUCGCGACAACGACGAAUCAGAAGUUGAUUAUGACGACAGCGAUUUGGGACCGACAUUGGAUAAUUUCGGUGCAAAAUUGGAUGGAAGCGAUGCAGGCAAUGAAUUGCCAAUAUUUUUAGAGGAACCACAAAAUGCUUAUGCCGUUCGAAAUCGAGCCGCUACGUUAAAAUGCAAAGCAGCCCAUGCAUUAGAGCUUACGUUCAAAUGCAGUGGCAGUUCACAUCCACCACCAUCACAAUUAGAUUCACAUGUGGAUCCACAUACUGGAGUUUCAUUACGGGAAGUGACCGCCACUAUAUCGAAAGAUUUAGUGUACGAAUAUUUCGGCAAGUCACCGUUUAAAUGUGAUUGUCAUGCGUGGUCACCGCGUGGAAAGGCAAAAAGCCAGUCGGCUACCAUUGAAGUUGCAU